GCAACAACACCACCACCACCACCACCACCACCACCACCACCACCACCACUUCUUUUCCUCUUAGCAGCCCACUGGGCAGCACCUUUCUCCUGCUCUCCCUAGCAUCUCCCUCUGAGGGCUGCAACAUGACCACCCUGCAAGAAAUUCCCAAAGCAUCACCACGUAUCUCCAGCCACCAGUGAGUUCCAGAGGUCUGGAAGUAGGUGCACUGAGAAAUUCCACAAGAACUGAAGGAGAUUAGGAGCAAACCCCACAGCAGAGAAAGAUCCUGCAACAACUCAACUCUGCUCCUGGAAGGAAUUCUGUCAUAUACCGAUUAACAUCCUGGAGAUACCAAUCAGCCACGAGGCUUUUGACUAGUAAUACAAAGAAGAAGCCUCCAGCACAUAUUUCCAGUUAGAGAAGCUGAAGAGAACCUUGGAUAUCUGUCAAACUCUCUCAAGAGAAUGAAUUAACCUUUAAUCACCUCCAAUGGAGGGAGGCAUGGAUUGGGAUCAUCAUACCAACCUUCCAUGUUUUCCCUUCUCUGGCAAAUGGCCUUUUAUUCCCCUUAACCACUGAAUUGAGCAACACUUCCUCCAGACAUUUCACCAGCCUCCUAGGACUGAUGAGCCUGUUUGCUAUUCUAUUAAUAAUUAUUCCCAGUACUUUACAAGGGGGAGGGGGUGCCAGGACCAGGAUUUCUGGGUUCUCUAACUGCCAGUUCCAAGAAAACAAUGGGAUCUAGUGGUGGACGCACAGCAGCCCGGAGCCCACCAUAAUUCAUUUGCUGCUUUUAAGAUGGCCUGAAUGGCACAACAAUCACUUGGAGCUGCCAGAUUUCUAUGGAGCACCAAUGAAGCUACCAGGCCUACCCUGAAAGGUGCACUCAAACAUAUUUUUUUACAGUGUAGGGCUAUGCAGCCCACCAUUUCCUGCAACAGCGCAAAGGAUCUUGAGCCGCACCUCUGAGAGGCUGUGGUGCAGCUUUUGAAGGUAGCAAAAUGUCUUGGUCCAGCCUAGCUAUUUCUGAAAGAGAGGGGAAGGGGAGACAGCCCAGGCCUCCUGCAGGGUAGUGGAUUCGAGUGGGGAGGGGCAGAAGACCCAAACAAGGAUUAAUCUGAAUCAUUCAGAACCCACCCCCGAACCAUUAAGCUUUGCAAUGCAAGGGCUCAGUGCCAGAACAUAAGAGAAAGAGCCUGCUGGAUCAGGCCAAAAGCCAGUCAAGUCCAGCAUCCUGUCCUCAGUGGCCAGCCAGCUGCCCGCGGGGAUCCCGCAAGCAGGACUUGAGCACAGGCACACUCUUCCCACAUAUGGGGUAUAGUGGAUUAGUGCCUCUGAGCACGCGCAAAAUGCCUGACCCUCGCUGCAUCCAGUAGAAUUAGGGGGCAGGGACUCCAGACUGGCGGGCUUGAGCCUCGCCGCUCUCAACAUUGGGCCAGGUGACACUUCGAGUCUGAUCCCAGCCGCUUUCCACCCCUCGAGGCCAGCCCAUUCCUGCACGUGGCUCAGAGGCAGCCGGGCUCGUUCAAAAGACGUGUCCCGGCUGGCCCUGGCCCGCUGGCUGGCAGCGUCGCUACUUUUGCGGCUGCUGCAGCGCAGCUGUGCAGGGAGCGCCUCGCACUGAGCUCGGGCCAGACUACCCGGCUGAGGGGGAGCCACCCCCGGAUCGUGGAGGGUCUCCGCUGGUUCCUCCUGCUGCUUUCUGCCCCGAGGGGUCGUGAGAGCCGGCAGGGCUGCGAGCCGCUGCAGCUGCCACCCCUUCGAAUCUCGGGGGACGGGACGUGGCCGUUGGCGGCUGUUCCCGAGCGGGGAAAUGCCACGGAGCCUAGCAGAGGCUCUCUCUCUGAGGCGCCGUGGACAGCAGGCAGAAUCCAAGUCCAAGGGGGCCCGGCUCCGGCCAGCGGCGGACCGCAACUGCUGAGCCGCCGGGUUCUGGCUCAAGGACCGCGAGUCAUACUUGGACGGGCGGACGACUCCUUGUCAGGACUUGGACGGCGAUUCUGAAUGGCACAACCCGGGAUUCCCAGCCCUUCCCGCGUUUCCCACAGCCCCGUGAGGUUCCCUCUUGUUUGACAAGAAUAGGAAACAUCUGAUAGUGCUGUGGUGGCUUUUCCAGCACUGUAAUCAGGAGAAGUGUAGCUCAUGAAAUGGCAUCAUCUUCUUUGGACAUGAUGGGGAAUAUGCAGAAGACAGACAACAGCAUGAUGGCAAGGACUUUGUAGUGCUGUGCAAACCGAAGGGGAGAGAAGUACCAAUGGGAUAAAAUUAAACAGCAUGGAGUCCCCACACUACCUGCGCCAGGUCUACCGAGAGUACCACAAUAACAACAUAAUUUCCCUGCAUUACAACUACACAGGCAAACUCCAUGCCAACAAAUAUAAGGGGAGCCUCAAGGUGGAUGCCAUCAUAUUUCUGGUGGUGUGUGCCUUCAUUGUGGUGGAAAACCUAGUGGUCCUGCUGGCCAUCUGGAGGAACAAGAAGUUCCACUCACCCAUGUAUUACCUGAUUGGGAAUUUGACUCUGUCGGACCUGCUGGCUGGAGUGGCCUACACUGCCAACAUCAUCAUGUCUGGGCCCAACACCCUGAAGCUUACCCCUGUCCAAUGGUUUCUGCGUGAAGGUGGGGUCUUUGUCACACUUGCUGCAUCUGUCCUCAGCCUCCUCGCAAUUGCCAUUGAGCGGCACAUCACUAUGAUCCGCAUGAGACUCUACCAUGGGGACAAGAAAGGACGAAUGCUCUUGCUGGUGGGUACCAGUUGGUUGGCCUCCAUCCUGCUUGGGGUUCUGCCAAUUCUGGGCUGGAACUGCCUUGAAAACCUUUCUGAGUGUUCCACAGUGCUGCCCCUCUAUUCUAAGCAUUAUGUACUCUUCUGCAUCACUGUUUUCCUGGCCAUCCUGGUCUCCAUUGUGGUGCUUUAUGCCCGCAUCUACCGCAUGGUCAAAUUCAAUGGGCAGCGCUUGGGCAGCCUCCGCAAGGGCAUGCUCAAGAAGUCCCAGAAGUAUAUGGCACUGCUGAAGACUGUGACCAUUGUGGUAGGCACUUUUAUUGCUUGCUGGCUACCCCUCUUCCUCCUCCUCUUGCUGGAUGUUGCAUGCCAGGCCCAAGCCUGCAGUGUGCUGUAUAAGGCAGACUAUUUCCUGGGCCUGGCAAUGAUUAAUUCCCUUCUUAAUCCCAUAAUUUAUACCCUGACCAGUAAGGACAUGAGACGGGCCAUUCUCAAGCUGCUCUGCUGCCUCCUGGUGAUUACACCAGGCACAGAGGAGAGCCGUGCCAAGCGCUUUGGUUUUCCCAUACUAGAGUGCAGCACCAGCAAGUCAGAGCGCUCCUCACACCAGCAGGAGGGCCCUAAUAUUAGCAUGUCAGUCGGGAAUGGCACUCCCAUAGCCAUCAAAGCAUUGGUGCUAAAAGCUGCCUACUGAAGUCCUUUGUUUGCCUUGCCCACUGGCAGAUUUAUGGUCUGUGGGGCCCUGUAUGCAUCCCUUGUGGGAGGUGUUCAUCUUUACUAUUAUAUUAUUAAACAGCCGUUACACUUUAAUUGGGAAGUAGGAGAAAUGAAGAAUGGAAACAAUGCAACCAACUAAAAUACUUGAAUUCCACAAUGGCAAUUCAUUGUUCGUAGUCACAUUUCAAAGGUAUCCUCUCAGUUAACAAUGUACUCAGAGAGGAGGGCUCAACCACACAGGGCCUACUUCAGUGUGCACCGUGCAUCCUAUAAAUCUGCCCCAUGCCUUGCCCCAGAUGCCAGCACUGGGGUGUGACUAGCCAGGAAAGCAGGGUGCUGGAGGUUUAAUUCCCAGCAGACUGAGAUGAAAGAGAAGUGCUGUGGCAGAUCUUGAAGGAAGCCCAGGCAGGCAAACAAGCAGAGAAGCUAAGAAGUGGACUAGAAAGUUGGUUCUUGCCACCCAAACUGAAUCUGGUUAUUGCCCAGGCAAAGACCUAGGCUUGAUUUGGCAGCAUGAUGGCUAGGCCAGGCAGGCUGCCCAAGUGGCUGGAUCUACCUGGGGACCUAGAAUGACAGUAUUGGUCCACUUCCUCCAUUCUGCAACCAAAACUGGUUCACCACAAGAUCAGUGGGCCUAACCUUCUAGUCCUUGUUGCUCCUGAUUACCAGGUGUGCAAAAUCAGGACACCAUCUAGAAACCGUAGAAACCAGUCCAGGUCUUGCUAGAACUGGAGAGUGCUCUAAAGAGAUAUGAAGAUAGAGAAGGACAAGAGCUCUGUUGAAGAACCUCAGUGGCUUCCUCUUAAAACGUCACCUCAUGCUGGUUUUUCUGUGAUCAUCACUCAAUCUACCUGCUCUUAUGCCCACCUCCUCCACACCAGGGGCUAGUCCACCUCUAGUUUCUUCAGACAGGCUACUUAAUCAUGCUGUUACAAGUGGUAGAAAGGAAGUUCUAAUCCAUUAUAGUGAACUUGAGGGCUGAGACAGGAUUCCAGCCCCUAUGAAAUCGUGGUCUGCAAGUCCAGUUACAAAUUCAGUGCCCUUAGAUGGGCAACAAGUGUACAUUCUUGUAUGUGUGCUUAUGAUGAUGAUACUGUUAAAUUAUGAGUCUCUUCAAGCCAAACCUGUAUUUUUUGUUUUUUUAAAUAUUAAUAAAAUUGUUUAACAAAAAGUUGUCAUUGUGGGGUUUUGGGCCCAUUAAGUGUCUGUGUGGAGGGGUUAUGUUGUCCUGUUGUUGGCUUGGUUGUUAGAUCUCCUGCUCCAAAGAACUGAGGAAGAAAUCUCCUUUUCUUUUUCCACUACCAUUUGCCUAAGUGACAAACAGAUAGCAUGCAGCAAAAUAAGGAAUUAAACCCUUGAGCCCAACCUGGUAUAUAAAUCCAAAUCUGGUAUAUAAAAUUACAAGCCAAUUUUAAAGAGAGAUGGAAAUAUAAGGAAGCUUGGACUCUUUGAUAUAGGCAAAAACAGCAGUUCCCUCCUGGCUAAAUCCUUUUGAAAAGGCAUAGUGGUGGACAGAAAUGAGCUAGCAAGCCUCCCCCACCCACGCACCCCCCAAAAACCCUGUUACCACUUGCAAGCUGGCACUUGCCUC